AGCCUUCGGCUGUCCGGGCAUGCUGGGAGUUGUAGUUUUGCAACAGCUGGAGGCACCUUGGGUGGGAACCACUGCUUUAACCUAGUAUUUGCUAUUAGCGCCUGAUAAUUAGUCGUGUAUUCAGAUAAGCGUCAGUACAGUAACGCCCAACUUAUUCUAAUAGGCAGCCGAGGUGAAAACCGCACUGUACUGGCUGCAGAACCGCACAUUCCUAGCCUGAGCCCUAUUGUGACUGAACGCCCGGGGGGCGGGUCACUCCUCUGUCUCCUCCCCUUUCAGGUGUUGUUUUAAUGUAAUCCUGACACGCUGCGCCUGCGCAGUUCGCUCCUUUCUGUGAUGGUGAAAAAAAAAAAGUUUAGAAGUUGCUUCAGUUUUAACAAGUGAUAAAAAAGCGGAGUGGAAAAGGCGGGGGCGAGCGGAGAAGACGGCCGUGCGGGGACGACUGACUGCGGGAUGGAGUGACUGACAUGUUGCUGGAGAGCUGAGGACAAGGCGCCCUACAGAUCGCAGCUAUGGACGAGGCAGCCCUGGAGGAGGCUCAGAACCGGGCGAUAGUGAGUGAGAAGAGGAAGGCCUGGGCGAAGAGCAGAGAUUCCUGGCAGGCAUCGGAGGCAGAGGAUGUCUCGGCGGAAGCCGGACACAUUUCCCAGGCUGUGCAGGGGAAGCUGCGGCUUGGAGACGGCUCUGGUAACAUACCUAAUGAAAAAAUUGCUAUUUGGUUAAAUGACUGUAGAACACCACUGGGAGCGUCCCUAGAUGAACAGAACGCCCCGCCAGGCUUUCCUAAGGGAAUGAUUUUAAAAAAUGGCAGCAGCUUUGAAGAUGACUUGUCCCUUGGAGCAGAAGCUAAUCAUCUCCAUCAAAGGUUCCUGCCGAUGGAGCCCACCUUCAAUGGCAUGCUGGCAAAAGAUCGACGACUCCAGUUUCACCAGAAAGGGAGAAGCAUGAACUCCACUGGAUCUGGAAAAAGCAGUGCAACAGUGUCAAGUGUUUCAGAACUUUUAGACCUUUAUGAAGAAGAUCCUGAAGAAAUUCUUUACAAUCUUGGGUUUGGAAGGGACGAACCAGACAUUGCUUCAAAAAUACCAUCCAGGUUUUUCAACAAUUCCUCUUUUGCCCAUGGAAUUGACAUCAAAGUAUUUUUGAAUGCGCAAAUGCAACGAUUAGAGUUGGAGAAUCCAAACUUUGCCUUAACAAGUCGUUUUCGUCAGAUUAAAGUCCUCACCGAUGUUGCAAAUGCUUUUUCAUCUUUAUACUCUCAAGUUUCCGGAACUCCACUCCAACAGAUUGGCAGCUCUAAAUCUUUAUCUUCUCCUACUACUGUUGAAAACAAACCAGCACCUCUUACCAGGUCUUCUAGCCAGACUGCAGCUCGUCUUAUGGAGACUCUAUCCAAACUUAAUUUAUGUGGGUCGCGGUCCUUAGGAGAAACAACCAAUAAUUCUCAGUCUGUGGAAGACAAAGGGCCAAAUCAAUAUGGUCAUGAUGAUGAAUCGAACAAGAACGAACAGAAAGUACUGAAACCCUUCAAAAAGACCUCUCCCCCUCUUGCCACAGUUAAAGAGGAGGUGCACAAUUCUUUGGUCACAGACACCAGUGUUCAUGAUGUCUCUGCCGUUCCAAAAGAAAAUGGUGUUUUAGAGCUUUUACCUAAUUCCAGCGUUAAUGGACAGGAAAAAACGUCCGCAAACCUAAGUGAAUGUGAUACGUGUAUUGUGACCUCUCCUAUUAAUAAGGAUUUGAGUGUAUCUACUGAUCAGGAUUGUGAACACUACCUACCAGGAACAAAUCCUUCCACUUCUACUCCAGAGAGGGAACUUUAUGUGGCAAACCCUUCCAUAUCAGGCCUAAUGAAGCAAGAUAAAGAGUCUUUUGAGCUGGAAGAGUUGCAGAGUGCAGAGGAGGAACCACACCAAGUUCCACCCAUAUGUCAUCUGGUGUUGGACAGAUUAGGCAAAGAUAAUCUGCUGAGGACGGCUAGCCAGCAUUCCGAUAGCAGUGGAUUUGUUGAAGACACAUCUGGUGACUGUCUGACAAAUUCUCUUCCGGUUCAAGAUUCUUUGCAGGCAAUGGGAAGUAGUGCAGACAGCUAUGACAGUGAGACUACUGUAACCUCUGUAGGAGAAGACCUAAAGACUCCACGAGCUUUUGAUCAAACAGAAUCCAUUGACCUAGAUGAGGAUUUCCUCACACCGGUUGGUUUAGGAAGAACAGCUUUCUUUGCAGAAAAAGAACUUGAUAAACAAAAUGUAAAUGUGGAUGUCAAAAACCCCCAAAAUGAGGAGCUCAAGUCUAGCGAAGAUCUUAACGCUGCUGUAGAUGGCAUUCUUGGCCUGAGUGAAGAAGACCUUGAUCUACAACAGGAAUGUACGGCUGAUAGUGAGCUGGAAACAAGCAGUGACUAUGAAUGUGUAUCGUAUACCACUCAUCACAUAUCAGAAGCAUUAGACAGUUUUCCGGAAUAUUCUAGGUUUCCUGGUUUGAGUAGUUCAGCUUCCCAUUCUGUGGAUCGUGUGAAUGGGGCAUUACAGCGUGCACAAAAGAAAACAUUGGGUUCAGACACGACUGAAUCCAGAACUGGUCGUAGCAUGAUCACUUCAAAGGAUCUAUUGAAGCGCAGGCACAAGUACACAAGCUCUGGGUACCCGCUGAGACGAACUCAAUCCCUGCCCACUCCACUCUUGAGUCCUGUGAGAGUGGUUUCCAAAGUAAACAUUGUGUUAAAUUCUGGGAAGGCAACUGUAUGUAGCCCCCCAACAUUUUCUUACAGAUAUUCACCAGAGGAAGAUGAAUUAUCUGAACAUACAGAGGAGCUUAACACUACAAGUAAAUCUACAGUUUUCAGGUCUCCUGUUUCUGACACAAGAGAGGCCCAGAAAAGUGGUAUGGGACAAAUGCCAGAUGAUCACAUCCGCAGACCUCAGUCAUGUACUGCCCAUGCUUCCUCCCACAGGUCACAUUCUUCAUGUUCACUUCAUUCUUUACAGUCCGAAUGGCAUGAAAGGCCACUAUGUGAACAUGCAAGAGCCUGGAGCACACACAGUGUCCCAAACUUUUCUGGUGCAGCCUGUGGCUCCAUGAUUCCCCCAUUUUCCUGUCCAUUUAACCAGAGGUUUGGCUGUGGAUCUCUUCACAGAUCUUGUUCUGGGUGUUCCUUACCUUUAAGUGCUCCACCAUCCACUACUGAAAUGCAACUUCGCAGAGUACUACAUGAUAUAAGAAGCUCUCUGCAAAAUCUUUCACAGCAUCCUGUGAUGCGUGGACAUGACUUGACUGCUGGUGGUUAUAGCCAGAAGCCAUCUAUCCAGUCUCUUUAUGAAAAUACAUUCCAGGAGCUGCAAAUCAUGAAAAGAAGUUUAAAUUUAUUCCGUUCCCAAAUGAUGGACUUGGAGCUAAACAUGCUUCGACAGCAGACGAUGGUUUAUCAGCAUUUAACUGAAGAAGAGAGGUAUGAAGCCGAUCAAUUGCAAGGUCUGAGGAACUCUGUCCGAAUAGAGCUGCAGGAGCUGGAGCUACAGUUGGAUGAACGGAUUCUGACGCUUGAAGAACAGCUUAGAAGUUUUCAUGUUUCCUCUCCAUUUCAACGACAAGUAGCAAUGGGAAUGUAUGAUGGAAGGGGAAGUACAGACAGUUUAGUGUUCUCCUCUCCGUUGAAUGUCAUUGAGCCAGUGAAUGAGCUAAUUCGAGAGCAGAGUCAUCUUAAAUCAGAACUAGGCUUAGAAGACACAAGACUGGAACAUGGGGUUGAUCGUUGGGAAUCUGUUUUAUCCCAAGCACCUUCUGAUUCUUCCUCAGUUUGCUCCAGUCCACUUAAUAAAUAUAGGAAAGGCCCACUAAAGUCUUCAGACUCGGUUGAUAAACCAAAAAUACAAACACCGCCAGGAAAAGCUGUAUAUCGUGCUACUGUAGCCUUAACUCCAAGUCCUCCGACCAGAGCUGGUGGCACUCAUAACUCUGCAGACGAGUCACCAGAAGAACAUGAAAGAUUGAAACUGGAGUCAACAGAAAAGAGAGACUCCGAAUUUUACCCACCUGUUGCUGAAACAGCUUCGCGAUGGAGUCCUGAAGAAAACCAAGAAUUGCAACAAGUAAUCCGGGAGAUUAAAGAAGCAAUUGUCGGAGACAUUCGACGAGAAAUUGUAAGUGGACUGCUAGCAGCUGUAACUUCUCCAGUGCGAUCAAAGGAUGGAAAAAAUGAUGGGAGAAUUUAAAGGGAUUGGAGGUCACUUGAGUUGGUUGAAGUUUUGACCACCUGUAAGAAGAAUUUGGAUGAAACUAUUAUGCCAAGUUGAGGACUAUCUGCUGCUGAAAUUAUCUACUGUUUAUCUUCUAUCCUUUAUUCCCCCCCCCCCCCAUUCCCCCAAUAUUUGACCUUGUACCUUUUGUGUAGUUUGGGCACUUUUUUCUUAGCUUUCUAUGGAGGACUGUGGAGGUUUCAAACAAUAUUUAUUUUAAAUUUUGCGUUUGAAGAUAAUUUUUAUUUUAAACUUGAACAUUUUUUUUUUUUUUUUUACCUACAGUAAGUUUUGCCUACUUCUAGGGAGGUAUAUAAAUGUUGCAAGGUAAUGCAUUGUCGGGUAAAAUAAAAUUACUAAUAUUAAAGUGCCUAUAGCUUUGUCACUGACCUCCAUGAGGUAUAGACUGUGCAAUAAGUGAUUCACUCUGAGCUUUUUUUUCUUUUUGUUUUGUUCUACUGCUGUGUAGUGCCACUUUAAAGUAUACCAGUCACCCGCACAUAGUGGAAAGAACUAUUUUGGGGGCUGAAAAUUUGCUAUGGAGUCUUAAAAAUUUCACUGUGGCAUGAGGCACAAGUGUGUAGGUGACGUAUAAUGAAAGCAAGCCUUCCAUUGAGCUGCCUUAGAUGUAUUUUGUUACCUGUGUGGUAGAUUUCAUACAUUUACCUUUUUAAAACUACUUUUUUGAAGGGGUUGUACACUAGUUGUGAUAAACAGUGUGAGCACAUGGUGUUUAUACUAAGAAGCAGUAUAUAUUGCACACAGUACAUGCGCUUCCCCAGCGGCCUUGUCAGUGCUUACAGCUAGAGUUGAGCGAACUUAAAGUAAAUUCUCGUAGCGAACCUUGUGGCUUGGCCCUUGGUUACUUUUAUUCUGCCUAAAUUAGUUCAGCUUUCCAAGGGCUCUAGUUGCCUGGAAAGGUACGGGAUGACAGUCUUAAGUCUACUAGGACUGUGUCCACCUUUUCCAGGCAACUGAAGCCCUUGGAAAGCUGAACUAGUUUAUGCAGACUAAAGUAAUCAACAGCAGAGCUGCAAGGUAUGUUAUGAGCCAAAUUACUGUAAGUUCGCUCAACUCUACUUACAGCUUAAAGGGUGGAGCGACUUGGAUUGACCACUGUUUAAGGAGCUCCGUCUGUAGUUCUUCAACCGUAAAUGCAAUCCACCUCCUUAGUAGACACUGUCAACGUAGCUUGUAAACUUUUUGCAAUAUAUAUUGUACAUUGUGGCCUCUAAUGUACUCUCAAUGCUUAAAGCAGCUAGACUAUGUUAAACCCCUCUUGAGUUUUUACACUGAAAAGUUGUUAAGCUUCAAUCACAGGAUUACUUAAACAUUUGUCAGCUUCUCGUAGCUCGUAAACUUGUCAGGUGCCAUAUGUUAACACUAGAACUGUUUUCUGUUCCUAUACUGUACUGUGUUUUCCAUUGUAAUUUACACAUUUAUCGAAAGGCGUUUUUCUCUUCUGUGAGCAGAGCCUUUUCUAGUUCUGGUCCCUUAACGCCAUCUGUUAAUAGAUGUUAAAAUAUUUAUGUGAAAAUGAUGUUAAGACCCGGCAUGUCGUGGCACAUUGAUUGGAGCAGAAAUGUGUCUCAUUUUCGGUUUUUGUCCGUAUGAGCUCUUAUUGGAACAAUAUGUGAGAAUAUAACUGUUGUGGAAAGUCUAAAACUAUAUGCAUUUGUUACUCUAUACACAAGGGCUGAUUUCUAAAUAUAUUAAUAAACUAUUUA